AUGGCCGACGACCUCACCCCCGCAAGUUUGAGAUUCCUUUCAGAUGCCGCGCACCUGCUUGCGACAAGUGCCCCGCAAACCUCAGCGCAUCUCAUGAUCCAACGGAACUCACUGAUGUUCAGCCAUGAUAUUCCCCAGUCCGAUGCCCAAAGACAGCACGUUUGCGGCUCAUGUGGUCACAUCAUGAUCUCUGGUCAGGUUGAUGUCCUCGACAUAGAAUCUGACGAGGCCAGACGAAAGAAAAUCGCCUCUCAGGGGAAGUCGGUGAAGAAAGACGAGCCCAGGAAAGGCUGCCGGAAACGGGUCACAUGCGGAUCGUGUGGCAGCUAUACCAAAAUCAAUCUUCCACCGGCCAAUGCAAUCACCAGACGUCGGCUGAAACAGUCGUCCAGAUUUGCUGCUGUGGCCAAUACGCCUUCCAUCAGCACUCCGUCUAAUCACUCGCCAGCGCCUCCUUUAGAGGUUGCUAGGCCUUCAGCCAAUGCCAGCAGUAAGAAGAGGGCAAAGAACCGAAAACAAGGCCUUCAGGCUUUGCUACAGCAGUCUUCAAACGCCAAACCUUCAGUAGGACUUGGUCUGAGCCUUGCAGAUUUCAUGAAGAAGUAG